AUGGUGAAGGAGCAGGUGAAGACAUGCAGGAAGGCCUGGGAAGGGUGUGAGGAAGAGGAGGAAAGUGGUGAAGGCAACCCACAGGCUGGGUCCCAUUGUCACGUGCAAGCAGCCUUCCACUGUCGGACACGUGAAAACAUCUCCGUUGAGCAGAGAUCAUGGCAGGAGCUGCAGCUCUACUACAUUCCUGAGAGGGAUGGGAUGUUCCACCGCGGCACAGGGCUGAACCUGACCAGCGGGCAGUACACGGCACCCAUUGCGGGGUACUACACCUUUACCGCCACACUUCACAUCGUGCGCAGAGAGCAGCGGAGGAAGGGGCAACCGUGCAGGGAGAAUCGUCUGCGGGUGCUGAUUUGUGUGCAGUCCCACUGCCAGCACAACAGCAAUUUGGAGACCAUAUCCCAGCUGGAGAGUGGUGGUGACCUUUUCACCAUCUCCGUCGCAGGAGUCCUUUACCUGCAGGCUGGGCAGUAUGCCUCUGUUUUCGUGGACAACGCUGCAGGCUCUCCCCUCACCAUUCAAAGCGGCUCUGAUUUCAGCGCCAUUCUGCUGGGGGUGUGA